CCCAGCCUCAUCGCAGCAAACAUUAAUUCUUCGUUCUAUCACUCUCUAACAUCAGACAGUCUCAUCCCGCUUGAAGUAGUUUGUAAAUGCUCUUCACCGUGCGCGCAACCGCGUACUCUUCAUUCAGCCUCUCCCGGCUUUCUUAAGAACAUGUGGUGAGCAACGUGUCGAAUCAGCACACCUGCACCUGCAUAUCACCCAUCAUGCCGGCAUCAACCAUCAUCCUAUGCCGCUUCCGGAUGCCCAAAAAUACGCAGUAUAGGUGUCCACGUCAUGUUGAGAUGAGAUUUCAUCGGCCGCAUCACCACUGGUAUUGUAAGGUACACGAUCCCUAUUCCACCAAGCGAUGUCAGGUUUUCCGCGAUUACCAAGGCCCGCAAUGCACGGAGCUGGCUAUCAUUGUUGAUGCCGGUAACGGAAGGAGUUAUUGUGGUAGACAUAAUCCGACUUCGUUCAUAGACUUCCAGCAGUUAGCCGCGCCAGAGAAAGAGGAUGCCAAUGAGAUGCCAGAGAAUAAACCACGAGAACGUGCGGAUACUGAUAUCUCGCUCGAGCCAGUGAAAGAAGUUGUGCCGGAAGCCCAGGAGGUGGUUUAUGAGGAAGAAACCCAGCCGGAAUCGCUUUUAACCGGUGCCGGGCAGGAAAACGUAGUCGUGGAGGCAGCUGUCAGCCUAGAAGCGAAUGCAAUCCCAGAAGAGAAGAGAAAAGAACAAGUAUUCCCCCAAGAAAAACUUUCAGAGUCAAGAGAUAUCGCCCAGGUGGAGCCGGACCUUCCCAUCGUCGACGAGAUGCUGCCCGUCGUGGCUCCUGAGAUGCCCACGGAUAUCCGCCAAGAAGACACAGGCGCAAGUUUGGAGAUGCUGGAUGCGACAUCUCCUUCUCUUUCCUCAAUCCCGUCGGAACUGGAUACACCUCAUUCCAAUACCAUUGAUGACAUCCAAUACCAGGAACCCAUCCAAGACCUAAUAGAUGCAUCUUCCGUUCAAUCUUCGACUUUGGAGCUACCAUCCCAAUCGAUCUCGGAAUUCCCAUCUGCAGAUUGUGAGCCUGAGUUUGAUAACGAUUUUACGGACUUGGAACCUCCAACCACAAGCUAUAAUUCGCACGAAUCCGAAAUACGAGAUACUCCCGCUACACCAGAGCCAUUAGAGCCUAUCGAUGUUACGCCACACGUCGAGGCGCAGCCUUCUUUAAGCUCCUCGCCUGUAGAGACAUCUUUGAUUCCUGAAAACUCUGUGAACCCUGAACUCGUUCCGCUCCCCGAGAGUCCUUCUAUUACAGCAGCUAUAUCGAGUAAAGCUUUGACCGAGCCGCACCUCGUUCUGCCCCCUACUCCAGCACCCGAGAAACUUCCAGAGCCAUUACCUGCCGAGCCUCAAAUAUUCCCCUCAAAAUCACCUUCAAUACUCGACCUGCCUCCAGGACCAGCGGCCCCGUUAUCCCCUCCACCAACCCCGCACACUCCCAACCUUCUCCUCAGACGCGCACAAACCCAGCUCAUUGAUCUUAACUUCGCCGAAAACACACCCGAAACCUCCUCUCCAUCUCCCCGUAGCCCAGAAUGGCGUCUCCAUCGUUCCAGAACCUCGAUCAGCAGCACACUUGACAGUCCUAUCGACGCCGAAGAAAAGGAUCGCAUCGCUGCCAUGUACUUCGCUUGCAACAUCUGCCUCGGCAAACACAACGCGGUGUUCAUGCGAAAAGUUGAUACCUGCGGACAUCAGUAUAGCGAAAGAUGUUUGCAGACGGUCCUGCGGAGUGGGAUCAUGCGACGGUAUAAUUGUUCGAGCUGUAGGGAGUGGCUUGCCGGGAUGAAGGAGAAGGUUGGGAAGUGAUGUUCCGGCGAGGAGGGGAUUACGAACGGAUGUAUUUGUAUUUGUGGGGGCGUUUUAGUUUACGACGUUAUGACAAUGUGGGUGGGUUUGGAUAUACGGUAAUGAUGGCCUAUUGGUCAUGGGUACUGGGUAAACUCACGUGUAAUGAUUGUACUACUAGACUACUCAAUGAUACCAC